AUGAUCCUGCAAACAUUCAUUCUACUAGUAUUCGGAUAUAUAGUUUGGGAAAAGGUAAUAAAACUUUACUACAACUAUUGGUACUAUACUAGCCAAGGAAUUAAGGCAACAGAUUUUCCUUUACCAAUAAUUGGGGCGCUUCACAAAUUCGCAAUGUCUCUUAGAGGAAGAACUUUACAAAAUGAGCACCCUACAUUAGAGUACUUUAAAUCCCGUUUCGGAGAUAAUAUGCCUCCAAUAAUAUAUGAUAUGAAGAUACCAACUGGAGCACUAAUUAUCAAUGACCCUGAAAUUGUUUUAGAGCUCUUCACUGGUGCUAAAGCCAAAUAUGUGGAAAAAUGGGAGCCAAUGAAACCAUUGUAUUAAAGUUUAAUAGGUAAAAAAGGGGUUAUCUCGAUGCAAACUAAAGAUCCUUCUCUAGCAGUAAGAAGAAAACAUGUUUCUGCUGCCUUUUACAAGGAUAGACUCACAAAAUAGCUUGAAGAUGUUAUCAGAAUAACUUUCGACAGAGUAAAUGAUAUAAAAGAAGACUUGAAAAAGUAAAAGGAUGAGCUAAAUCUUAUUCAAUGGGUUGGUGACCUCGUCAUGUAUAAUAUUUAAGUCUGUGUCUUUGGAAUUGACUGUGCAAAAUAAGAAUUAGGAUAUCAUGAGAAUGGGAGUAUUUAAUAAUUAUCUGUAGCAAUGUUUCUGAAGAAGGUAACAGUAAAUAUGUUUAUGAGAAUGAUAAAAGUGCAUAGACUUUGCUUUUCAACUUUAAAUUCCUUUUUUAUUGGUUAAUCAGAAAGAGAUUAUAAGAAGAAUGCUGAAAUUUUCAGACAGUUCUUAAAAAAUGUUAUCUAAGAAAGAAAAAAUAGAAUCAAGCUAUCAAAAGACUAUUAGAUCCAUGACUUCUUAGAUAUUCUUUUGACUGAUGAUCUUUAUGAAGGGAAAGAUGAAGACAUAUUAGAUGAGUGCUGUGUUUUUAUGCUUGCUGCAACUCAGACAACAUUGACAGCCAUUAAUAAUACUCUUAUUUAUAUUUACAAAGAAGGUCAAAUACUUUAAAAACUGAGAUCAGAAGUCACUCAAAAUUUUCCUUUCAAUGAUAUCUCUGAGGUAAUUUUAUUUGUAUCAUAUAUUUAGGUAACUACUGAGAUGUGGAUAAAGUAAUUUAACUAUGAUAAGAUGGCUGCAGAGUCAACAUAUAUUCAAAAAGUUGUUUUAGAAGCCCUCAGAAUAGAACCUCCACUAAGGCUAACCUCAAGAUAUGAGUUAUCAGAAGAUCUUGAACUAAAGGGCUAUAAAAUAAAAAAAGGAUAACCGCUUGCCUUUAAUAUAUGGGGCCUUGCUAAUGAUCCUAAAACAUGGAUAGAGCCAGAAAAAUUUAUCCCAGAAAGAUUUGACACUGAAUCUAAAUAUUUCUUGACUCCUGAUGGCAAAAAAAGAAAAUCCACUUCGUUCAUUACUUUCUUUGGAGGAUUGAGAGUAUGCAUUGGGAAAACAUUUGCUGAAAGCGUUAUAAAAACUAUUUGCCCAAUAGUAAUUGCAAACUUCAACAUGGAAUUUAAAGACAAGUCACUUUAUGAAAGAAAGAUACCAAUCUCUGUUGAUGUUGAACCAGAGAUUUUUGUCAAGAUAUCAUUAAAUACACAAAAAAUAUGA